AUGGAUUCCAAACCGCUGUCCAAAGAUUCAAUGAAAUCCACUUGGCGAACUGCACCUCGCAGUGAGUGGAAUAUAAACCACUGGCUGUUAGAUCUGCUCAACGCCCAUCCUCAAGAGCUCAACGAGGAAGUGCCAGUGCACAGCAAAGACGAGAAAGUCCCUUUCAUGCCUCAGUGGUCCCUCCAACGCUGGGUGCUUUUCUACUCUGCCCUUCCACUGCUCCUCCACGAAACCUACAUGGCCUACACCGACCGUACCAUCGGCCCAAUCACCGCUUUCAAUUUCUACUUUUUCGCCUUCAAUGCUACAGUCAUCUAUCAGGUGCACAUCCUCCGUCGCCUAGGUCAUCAAUAUGGCUUCCUCGACGGCGACAAACAUGAACGUGAUGGCGUGCCUGAUGUAGGCGUGGCCAAAGUAGUGACCUCGCUAUACAAAACCACCGGAUCCCGCCUGAUCCUGUCAAUAUUCCUUUCCUACAACGCUAGCCAACGCCCCUCUGAGAUGUCGUGGGCGUGGCUUCCACUCGAAAUUGGUCUAUACGGCAUUGUCCUUGAUUUUUGGUUCUACUGGUAUCACCGCCUGAUGCAUGAUGUGAGCUUCCUCUGGAAGUUUCACCGCACCCACCACUUGACCAAACACCCUAAUCCUUUACUGGCUGCCUACGCGGACCAUGAGCAAGAAUUUUUCGAUAUGGUUGGGGUUCCGAUGAUGACCUACUUCAGUCUCAAACUAGUUGGUCUACCGAUGGGCUUCUAUGAAUGGUGGAUCUGCCAUGAAUACGUUGCAUUUGCCGAAGUCUUCGGGCACAGUGGGUUGCGUAUGCACCUCACGGUGCCAUCGACGCUGAGCUGGCUACUUCAAAUGUUCGAUUCAGAGAUUGUUAUUGAGGACCAUGAUCUGCAUCAUCGUAAGGGAUGGCGUAAGAGCCACAAUUACGGUAAGCAGACUAGGCUAUGGGAUCGCAUUUUUGGUACUUGCACCGAACGUAUUGAAUCUGCGGCCGAUAAUGUCGAUUAUGAGAACACGGCCAAGAUGCCUCUUUUCUGA